CGCCAUCAGUUAUGGGUCGCUUGGCGCCACUACCUGGGUGUAGGAGGUGUCAGUGACGCGGCCGUGACGUGAGCCCGACCUCGUCCUCGCGAGGGGAGACACGCGCCGGGACUCUCGCAGCCAGUUCGACUCUCGCACACCGGUGGAAGGGAAGCAGCAGCAGCAGGCCACCCGCGGGAGUUUAUUACACGAGGAGAAAUAUUUAGCACGCCAUUCUCGGCGAAUACGUUAGUGUCGGUGCCGGUGCUUCGGGACACAAGCGAGAUGGAGCGAGCGGUUCUAUUAUGUGUGGUACUUUUGCUUCCCUGUUUCUCGGCGGAGCGUCAGCAGGGCAAUGAGGAGAUAGAGUCAAUGCUGAGUCAGCUCAGGCACGCCUCGGCAUCUGAGGCCCAGUCCAUGAGGUUCUGCAAGAUCUCUACACCGGAUCUCUUAGCCACUGCCCAGAGCACGGCCAACAGGGUUCUGCAAGGUGUUUGCAACCCACGAGAACUGAACGAGCGGUUCGCGGCGCUGCAGAAGCAAGUAGUAGACCAGUUCAACGUCCUGCAGUCGAUGGUCCUCAGCGUCGAGGACCAACUCAGGACCCAAGACAAGCAGAUGAAGAAACACCACAGCAAGCUAAGGCAAGCCAUCGGCACCAUGAGGGGCGGCGUGGAGGGCGCAGACGAUGCGGGAAGGGGAAUCGACUUCUUCGAUGACCUGGACGACCAGCCCGACGAAGACGCAGACGAUUACAGCCUCAGGGAGGGGGGCGAGGUGGUGAGCCCCCGCGACACCGAGAUCGACCGCUACAACUCGACGAUGCACCAGGAGGAAGGCUGGAGGGUCUUCACUUACUACUGGCGAGUCCGCGACAUCAGUUACAAGAUGAGGAACUGGGGCGGGCGCCGCUCGCUGCGAUCCGAGAGCUUCUACAUUUUCCAGAACGGCUACAGGAUGUACAUGAGGAUUUACCCCAAUCAGCGCGGAGAGAAUGUCUAUAUCCACGUUGGGCUCACGGAGGGUGACUACGACGCCAACCUCGAGUGGCCGUUCAAGCUCAAGCACAGGAUCCACAUCCUGGACCACGACUCGCCCUUCGAGGACAUCGUCAGCCGAGUCUGGGACCCAACCCAGCUGUGCUCCGGCUGGCACUGGCGCCGCCCCGAGUCCGGGGACAACUACGAGUGCGUGGGCCUGGGCUUCGAGCAGCUGCUCCUCCGCUCCAGGAGCUACAUCCACGACGACAGCAUCGUCAUCAGGCUCACGGUGUUCCUCGUCCAGUAGAGGCGCCGUCCUCCUCCUCUCCCUUCCUCCUCUUCCACAGCAUCUUACCCCUGUACAGUAUUCCAUGUUAAUUGUCCUUCUCCCCACAAUAUUUUCUUGAGUUAGCAGGCUUGGGCUUUGUAGCUCACAUAUAUAAGCUUUUUUAUUGUGUAUUAUAUCAUUCUGUGAUCGUUGAUGCCACUGAAGUAACUACAAGCUGCUCUAGAAGGGUUUCCUGUUACACUAGCUGCUUUGUAUAAAUGUAAUAUAAUCCUGGGUAUUACUCCAUUUCAAUUUUAUCAUCGACCAUUCUUCCUUUUUUUCCCUCUUUAUUAUCUUAUUAGUCUCCUCUGUUUCUCUGUAAUCAUGUCUCUCUCCUUCCUCUCAAAAAAGUCCCAGCAAGAUACUUAGUGCAUCUGGUUUAUGCCUUAACACCCAAGUUAAUAUUAUGAUAUAUCUUU